CGGUCCCUAUAUUCCUAUGUCUAUGCAAACCUCAUGUUUAACCUAACCUAACCUAAUCUGAGUUGGUGAGUAACACAAAUGCAUAUUGUGUGGCGCGUAUUUUCGCUGGAUAGCGUUUGUGUUUAUCUGAUAAAUUAAUUACAAAAAAGAAACAGCAAUUGGAUGACACGUUGGUCAUCCUCUAUUUUUUGAAAGACUUACUUACAGCAAUAAGUAAGAAUGUUACAGAGCGUUUUGAAGUCAAAGUUUGGCUACGAUGAUUUCAAAAAUGAUAUUCAGAAACAAGCUACUGUAGCUGUUUACAAAGGAAAACAAGAUGUAUUUAUAUGCAUGCCGACUGGCUCAGGAAAAUCUCUCUGUUUUCAAUUACCAGCAAUAAUGAAAGAACAAAAAGUUGCAAUUGUUUUUUCACCACUUCUAGCUCUCAUGAAGAAUCAAAUAGAUUUUUUAGUGAGCAAAAAGAUAAAUGCCUGUUCCUUGAAUUCCACUACAUCGAGUAAAGAGAGAAAUACAAUCAUGAAAGAUCUCAUGUUAGAUUCGCCCAAGAUUAAGUUAUUAUACGUCACUCCUGAGAUGGGAGCACAACAGCAUUUUCAGGAAACUAUAACUCAAAUGCAGAAGAAGAAGAUACUUUCUUACUUUAUUAUUGAUGAAGCUCAUUGUUUAAGUGAAUGGGGUCAUGAUUUUAGACCAGCUUACAGACAAUUGGGAGUAUUUAAAAAAUUGUGCCCCAAAAUACCUGUAAUUGCAUUAACAGCAACUGCUGCAAAACAAGUAAAGGAUGAUAUUCUCCAAAGUUUGCACAUGAAAGAUGCAUUGAUAUUUUCCCAACCUGUAUUUCGUCCUAAUUUAUAUUAUGAUGUAUGGUUUCUGGAAACAUUAGACAAACCGUUUAUACAUCUACAAAAGUUUAUUUUGGAUGCAUUAGGUCCUUUAGAUAAUUCUAUUCCCACACACAAAAGAAAUUGUGGUAUCAUUUAUUGUAGAAAAAAGGAAGCAACUGAAAUUGUUGCACACAAAUUAACUCUUGCCGGCAUUACUACGCUUGCAUAUCAUGGAAGCUUGAAAACUCAGGAACGUAAUGAAGUACAAAAUAAGUGGACCGCAGGUGAUGUACCAGUUAUUGCGGCAACAUGCAGUUUUGGGAUGGGUGUUGAUAAAGGAUCUGUUAGGUUUGUGGUUCAUUGGACAGUACCUCAAAAUAUUGCAGCAUAUUAUCAAGAAUCAGGAAGAGCUGGCAGAGAUGGCAAUCCAGCAUUUUGUAGAGUUUAUUUUAGCAACGAAGAAUACAAACCUAUUUCAUUUCUUAUCAAGGAGGAAAUUACGAAAAAAAAUUCAGAGCUUGUGAAAAUCAAGUGGCAAAAUUUUGAAAAAAGCGUUGCAUACUGUUUAGAAGCAAAAUGUCGACACGCGGUGUUUUCUAAGUAUUUUGGUGAUUCUCCUCCGCUAUGCAAAACUAGAUGUGACGUAUGUAAAAACAAAGAUGAAGUGCAAGCCAGAAUUAAUCAAUUCGAAAUGUGUCAGACAAAAUGUCAAAAACCCCAAAGAAAUUUGGGAACUGUAAUGCGAACGAAUUAUGAUGACGACGAUGAAACUAAUGGAUUCAACGAGUCGGAAGAGUCGAGAGAGAAAAUAAUAGCGACAGAAAAGCGAGAAAGAAAAGAACUUAUUAUGGAGCAGUUUGCAUUGCGACGCGGUGCGUCUAAAGAAGAUGAAUUAAAACGACAGAAUAUCAAACAUGCAAAAGUAGCGCAUGUCCGCGCAGCUACUAGUACAGAUAGAAAAAUAAAAGGUUUAACGGUUCAAGCACGGGAACAUUUUUACAACGAAUUAAAGACGGCGUUAUCUGAAAAUUAUCAAUGUUUACGUUCGCAAGUAGACAAACAGUUUCAAAAGAAGGAUAUUUGUGAUAUGGCUAUUAAUUUAGAAUACAAAAUAUUUUGCAGCACCAAGGUGCCAAAUAAAUACAAAUUUGAUUCGUCUAAAUUGAUUUCGUCCAUACGGAAAUGUACUAAUAAUAAUACUGUGUACGAAACAAUGUGUAAUUAUAAUGAAACUGAAAUUUCUAACAUAGAGUUCAACGAUUCUAAUAGCAUCGAUAUGUCGAAUAGUGAAUUAGAAUCUGAUACAAUCCAAACGGAAUUUAGCAUGAAUGCUGCUCCAUCAAAUGCAUGUAAUAAAAAGAUCUUUUCUUCCACUUUCAAAACUGCGUUAGAAAUUAGAAAUGAAGAAAAAUUACAAGCAUCUAUACCAGACCGAAAUAAAAAGUCGAAAAAAUUAAUUGUUGAAGAUGUCGAAAUAGAUCAAACUAAAAAUGAAAUAUGCCUUAUUGCUGAUAGUAGUACACAAAGUAAAGAUAUCAAGCAGGUGUCAAGUGGUUUCGUUUGCCCGUGGAAAAUUCACGAGAGCAACACAUAUUUAUUUAAAUCUAGUAGGAGUUCCUCCAAAUCAAAAUCCAAUACAAGUUUCUUUAAACCAAAAGUUCGCAGCAGUAAAGAUAAGGGUGCAAAAAAGGCAGAUAAAACAGUUUACGAACAAAUCUUAUCAGCAGGAUCAUCAUCGAAGAAGAGUAUAAACGAGAUUUCGGAUAUUUCUCUUAAAACAGAUUUGAAAAUUGAGAGCGUUGUUAAAAAUAAAAAUGAAACUAAGGGUGACAAGAAAAGUGAGUUUGUGAAAUGUCAUAAAAACGAGAACAUUUCUCUUGAAACAAUGUCAAAAACUGUUGAUAAUAUUGUUGAUGUUAAAAGUACAGAGAAGACUAAUAUCAAAAAUAAAAAUAAAAGAGGUUGCGAAACUAUAGAAUGUUACAAGGAUGAUAUAAAACCUGCUGAAAAGAAAAGAGCUGUAUAUAACGAAUGUAACAAUAAAACUAACAAUUCUAUAUUGAAUAUAAAUAUUGAUAAAAAGACUUCAGUUAAUAAGAUUGAUACAGUGGCUGUUAGAAAUACAUUGACUAACAUUAAUGCUAUAAAUUUACCGAUAACAAAAAAGGAUAAAAUAGAGAAACAUCACGAAAUGGAAGAUAAUGUAGAAUUGAAGAGAAAAAUGGAAGCUACUCAGUCAACUUCUUCAAAACAUCAGGAAAAAAGCAAAAGUAGUAAUAUAUUGAAAGUACCUGCAGACAAAGUUAUGCAAUUUAAAACAGCGGAAAUUUUGAAAUUCUAUCUAAUGAAAUAUUACCCAUCAGAACGUAUUCCAGAUAGAGCAACAUUCUCAAAAACUUGUAGAGAAAUGCAUUACAGUAUGCUGAGAAAGAAAAUAUUUGAUAAAGAAGGAAUACAUGACUUUGUUGUAAAGUAUAUGAACCAAUCUUGAAGGUUAUUUUGUUUUAUAUUUAAUGUAUUUCUAUAUUUUUUUGUUGGAUAAACAACAGAAGAACAGUGCUAUUUAGUCAGUGUAUUUAUAAUUGAAAUAAAUAAAAAAUUAAUUUCUAAUGUAUCUACAAUUAAUAAAUUUUAAUGUAUGUA